UAGAUUUAUGUUCAACCGGAUAUUAUCCAACUAUCAAUUUAGAGCCUGCUAAGCAAUACUGAACAAAGUUGGUGAAUGACAAACUUUUUACAGGAUGAGUUCAUAUAUGUCAAGAGUUUCAGAAGACCUGGUAGCCAGAGAAGAAGAAUAUUUGAGGAUUAAUGCUGAGAUUGAACAAAAGACAAGACUGUUGGUAGAGGAGGUGGCUAAUAUAUCCAUGGAGCAAGAGCAGGAACCCUCUUCUAUGGUCGAUUAUAGCCCUGAACCCAGAGGGCCAGGGUUGUCUUUUGUAUCAAACAAAUCACCUAUACUACCCAUGGAGAAAAGUGGUAUAUUCGAAACUGAAAUUCCUCCUGCAGCGCAUCAAAAUAUUUCCACUCCACCUGAGGUUUUACCUGCUGAAGCUAGAGACUUGGGCCCUGAUGCGACAUUGAGACUGCUGAAAGCCAAAGUACGAGUUUUGGAGGAGGAAGUUGAAAGACUGACUGUUGAGAACAACCAGCAAAAGCAAACUCUUGUAAAAAAUAAACAGAUGAUGUCAACUGAAAAGGAGGAAAAGAAUAAGAUGCAGAAGACUAUUCAAAUGAUGCAAGGUCAACUUGAAAAAUAUUCGAAGCUUGCGGAUGAAAAGAAGAACCAAAACAAGGUGUUGGAAAUGGAUCUUGUCAAGCUACGAAAGGAUAUUGAGGCUAUGGAGCGGUCUGAAAAGAAAAGUGGGCAAUCUCAAAAGUCUGUUGAAGUGAGGCUGGACAGAUGUCUCGAAGAAAUCGAAAAAUACAAGACUCUGCUCAGUGCCGAAAGGGCUAAAUCUGCAGAAUGCUCGAAUGUUGACAAGGAGACAUUCGGUAAACUGUCCAAUGAAAACAAGAUUCUACAGAAGCAGAAAACAGAGCUUAUAAAUGCUUACAAGAAGCAAAUGAAACUGAUAGAUGUUUUAAGGAAACAGAAAUUACAUUUAGAGGCGUCCAGAAUGCUAAACUUUACACAAGAAGAAUUCAUGAAGGUAUUGGAUUGGAAAAACGCUUAAUCAUUGUUAUCAUUAUGGUUAUGAUUUCUACUGUAUAAAAUACAUUUGAUUCAGAUAGUCCACGGAAGUAAAGAUGUUUGAAUUAUAAAUUAUUCUCAGAAAACACUUACAAUAUUUUUAAUGUUAUAUUAUGAUGUAUACAAUGUAAAUAAUUAUUACUUAUUUAACUUAUAUAAUAUUAUGUAUCUGAAGUGAAGUCUAGUUACUAGAAGAAUCAGUACAGAUAUUCAAAGAUGGAAAAAUUAUGCUUGAUGAAUAUGAAUUGAACAUAAUGAUGAAUUAACAUGAUCAUUGAUCAUUGACA